AUGGCAUCCCCAACAUCCCCAUCCUCGUCGCGUUUGUUCCUGUUCGCGCUGGUACUCCUGCUAUCGCUGCUCUCGACACCAACAUUCGCGCAGAACCUUACCACACCAACGGUGAACGGAACGAACGCGACGACGAACGCGACGGCGCCGUCGGCUACGCCCGCGCCCGGAGACCAGGAUAGCGCUGGCACAACGAUAUCAUCGAGUGUGGCCCUGUUUGGCGCUUUAGUUGCCGCGGCGUUAUUUUCACUUUAA